AGUGGGAUUCUGUGGCGCCCUAGAGGAAACUGGAGAGAAGAGGUGGAAGAAGAGGUGCGAGGCGUGGACGAGGUAGAACACAGGCUCGUGGCACGUGGCACAGGAUGGACCAACGGCUAGGCCGGAGUGACGAGAAGGAGGGCGAUGGCCCUGAGGAAGUGCUACAAGGGGCAGAAGGUGGAACACUGGACACGGUAGAGCGGAGGCAUGAUGAGAAGCCAGGUGAUAUAGCCGGGUUAUACACCCUGCUGGAGAAGACACUGAAGUCCCAGGAACGGGAUGCUAGUAAGCAGGAGCAAAGAUGGCGAAGUGUGCAGAUCCAGCUAAACCAGCUCCGUGAUGACGUUGAGCAAAACCGGCCACCACGUCAAGCAUCUCCGCCGCCUCAGCAAGGUCUACAGUCACCACUGCAGCCUCAGCAGGAUCUACAGCCACAGCCGCUGCCGCCGCAGCCACAGCCAGAUCAGCCGCCACCACUGCAGCAUCAGCCCCAACCGCCAGGUAAUGCACACCUGAAUAGAGAUGGCGCAGCUCCAGUGGCAUGGUCACGUAAAGCUGUUCCUAGGUAUGUGGAAGGUGAGGAUAUUGAGCAGUACCUCACCACCUUUGAACGACUUGCCAGGGCCUAUCGCUGGCCCAGGGAAGAUUGGGCGGUGUAUAUAGUGCCGCACCUCAGUGGCAAAGCCCGCAGUGCUUAUGUCGCCAUGGACAUAAACGACAGUAUGGAUUAUGCCAGAGUGAGGGAGGCGAUCCUGGAGAAGUACGAAAUCAAUGAGGAAGUCUACAGGAGAAGGUUUCGUGAGCCAGAUGUCCGGACGGGAGAGUCUCCCAAAGAACUCUACCAGCGUUUGAAAGACUUGUUCCGUAAAUGGAUUAGACCGGAGCAGAAGACGGUCGAAGAGGUAGCCGAAGACAUCAUCCUGGAACAAUUUUUCCGCACCUUGUCACCUGAAGUCAGGGUGUGGGUGAAAGAGCACAAACCCCAGACUGGCCAGCAGGCCGCAGUACUGGUGGAGAACUUCCUUUCGGCCCGCAGAGGCCCGAAGAUCUUCCGUGCUGCGACUGGCUACCAAGCCACGGCCCCUGGUAAGUCAGAUGGGUUUGGUGGUGGUCCUAGACCUAGAGAACAGAGUAGAGGGAAUGAGAAAGGCCCCUACAGGCCGUAUAGGCCGACUACUUUCCACAGGGAACGCCCUGCCAGUCGUGUUGUGUGUAAUCACUGUCACAAAGAAGGACAUGCAAGACCAGAUUGCCCAGCGUGGCAGCCCAAAGCCCAAGGACACUGUUGUCUCCCUGGGUCAGAGGAGCAGAAACAGGGGGUUAUGGGUAGGUUGCAGACUGUCCCAGUGCUAGUGGGUGGGAAAGGAACUAGUGCCCUGAUUGACACAGGUAGUUCCCAAACUUUAGUCCAGCCCCAUCUAGUGGAUCGAAAUGGGUAUGUCACUGGCGGGAGCCUGACAGUCAUUUGUGUAAAUGGCGAUGAGCAUGUGUAUCCUGUAGCCAAGGUGUACAUAGAGGUGCAGAGACAGACUUACCGCCUUACUGUAGGUGUAGUGGAGGGUCUCAGCCACCAGUAG